AUGAAAAAAGAUAACACUACCCAAAAGCUAGCUGAAAUACCUUUUUAGGAUGUCAAAUUGGAUUUACUUUAUUUUGCAGCUGUACAGCAAAAACCAAGCGGAAAUUCAAGAGAUGCAGAUGGUUUCAACGAAAAUACAUUUAUACCUUUGUGUUUUAAAUAAGAUAAACUAAAGUGGGUUAACGAAUGGCUUGAAGCAAUUGAGUAGGAAGAAGAGGAAGAAUAAGAAAACUAAAGAGUUAGCUAAGCAUAAAAAGAUAGAAUCUUAUAAGAGUAACUCAAGUAAAAGCUAGCAAUUUUAAAAAAGGAGAAAGAGAAAAAGGAAAUGGAAAUAGAUAACUUUAACCAAACUCUUAGUGAUUUGAAAAAAGAAAUAAUGAUAUAUGAAAUAAAGAACAAAUUGCUUCAAAAAUUGAUUGAAGAGAAACAAAAUGAGUACUAGAAUUAUGUUGACAGAUUUUAUAUGAAAGAGCUGUGA